UUAUCUCCCCUUGAGUAGUAAACGGGUUGCCAAACAUACGAAGAGGGGAGACGAAAGCAAUCAAAAUGUCAGCAAUUUAUCGCAGCAUGAUUGCUGCAGCUGACAAAUUUGUUCCUCACAGUCUAGUGCCUUUGUGGAAUAGUCCAGCAGGUCCAAAAACAAUCUUCUUCUGGGCUCCUACUUUCAAAUGGGCAUUAGUUAUUGCAGGUAUAGGUGACAUUGCUCGUCCUCCCGAGAAACUGAGUCUAUACCAGUCAUCAGCUCUUGCUGCUACAGGUUGUAUAUGGGCCCGCUACUCCCUUGUGAUCAUCCCAAAGAACUACAAUCUUUUCAUGGUGAACAUCUUUGUCGGUUUGACAGGAAUAUUCCAGCUGAGCAGAAUUUUUACGUAUAGAAGAUCUCUUCAGGAGGGACAGCCUGCCUUACCAGCCCCAGAAACUAAAGCAGCUGAGGAAAAGAAAACUUCGUAGACAGUCUGGUGCUGCAUAAUGGAAGGUGCAGUGUACGCACAAAAUACCAAAACAAACCUAACAGGCUUUAAAAUUUAUACUAAUAUCUAAAGAUAGAUUUCAACAUUCUGAUAAAACAUGAAAUAUCCAAAGGGAGAUAACUCUGGAGUUACUAAUUUUGACUUGUGAGCCACUUUUAUAAAGCAAAGCAAUAUUUAUAUAAUUAUGUAAAUCUGUAAGAAAAUAGUGGUCACAUUAUGUUUGUUGUGUAGAGAAGAUACUAACAGUAUUGAAAUAUUUAUUCAGAAUGUAAAGUGAAUGUGUUGGUUGUGAGAGAAAGCAUGGUAACGGAGUGUUUAUUCAGUCAUGUCUACAGCAGAGAUACAUAUCAGUAUAUGUACAAUUAGGAUUCAGAUUUGCAGGAUAUCUUAUCUGUGUGGCCAGUGAGCAUCUGUGGAGACUUCCACCAUUAGUAAGUCUGUGUGUUUGAUCAAUUAUCUGCAAUGAGUGAUUCAGAACCCUUGUUGCAGAAUUCAUUAGGAUCUGGGUGACCGGUGAUAUUCAUGUCAACGUUUAAUGAUGAGAGUGAAAAUUUAUUUGAUUUUGAUGUUAACAGAAAAUGCUGUUUUUACCUGUAGGUAUUUGCAUUUAUGUUUUGGUGAACGUGUGAAAGGCAGACCAGAGUACGAGGGAGACACAAUUUUGCCACAAUAAGCUAGUCCCCAGCUCAGUUUGGACUAGUAGUAGUAGCUAAUGUAAAAUCAGUAGUCCUUACAAAUUUUCACAAAUCUCUUAUCACAACACUGUUUUCCCGUUUCUAUCCAUGUAAAUAAAACCACCUUGCAAGACAGGUUUUGUUGAUCACGGUAUUAAAUGUAACUUUUGGAAUAAGAGUCUUUCCUCAUCAGUACUCCUUUCCUUGCCUCUUUUAAAAAUUGUGUUUGUUAUCCAACAGCUUGAUGAACUUCUUGCCAUAUUGUUAACUGGUUCAGGAUGUAGGGUGUUUAUCUAUGGUGGUAGACUCGUCUUGAUGGAAAGGAGGAACAUCAUGGUGACAAGGGACAUAACUCUGUGUUUUAAGGCCCUUAUCAGGGAAAAAAUAAAAUUUUAUGUAUACAA